AUGGGUAGGCAUGCAGGUCUGUUUGAGAGUGCUCUCGCUCCGUGGAUGAAGAGUUCAUUCCCUUCAAUAGGUUAUGGUCUGUUUGAGAGUGCUUCCGCUACGUGGAUGAAGAGUUCAUUCCCUUCAAUAGCAACACCCACCAUGUCUUUAAGCUCCCACGACUAUUUGUCCUACCAAUGUUCCAUGCGGGGCACUUGCAACGACAGCCUGGGUUCAGACGAGCAACCCAUGCAGUUGAUGGAACUCCGAGUCGGACAUUCGAGAAAUCUCAUCUCUCGAUCCUCUCACCAAAUUCUCCAACGGAGUCCCUCAACCCCAAUGGGCGAUGCUCUGUUCUCUUUUAUUCUGCGCGACCAGGAACAACCACCCUUCCUCGAAAACUCCUCCGUGCUUCGGUUUCUGUCUUCCUUCAGAAUCCCCAUCCCCGCCUGCAAUGUCAUCUAUGACCAGAUCUCCUCCUUUGCGCAACACAUGACCGCCGACGACGUCCAUCUCAACUUCCACAUGGUCGUGGAUGUGAAUGUCAGCGAAAUGACAUGGGUGGACCUGGACCCAUUCCUUGUUGAAGAAAAUUCUCCGCCUCCGAUGAACGGGGCGCCGGCGUCGGCGAUUGAGAGGUUGCAGAGGCAGGAAUUUGGUGGGUUGAGGGAGGAAGAGGAGGAGGGGGAUUGCAGCGUGUGUUGCGAAGCGCUGAAGGGAGAAGAGGAGGGGAGCAGAAUCCCAUGUGGUCAUGUGUAUCACAAAUGCUGUAUCCUCAAGUGGCUUCAGAUCAGCAAUUCGUGUCCUCUCUGCAGAACUCAAUUACAAGAAUAA